AUGUCGCUCCGACGAUCAGCCCGACUGGGCGCCAUCCCAUCACUUACAGCUCCCAUGUCAAGCUCAGCACCAGCACCAGCACCAGCACUCAAAGUGACAAGACAUCACCAAGCCACGCAAACCUACAACCAAAAUGGCAACUACAAAGACACCAAAGAGCAAACAAACAACACCUCCACCUCCCGCAACAAACUCAUCAUACUGGGACCCAGCACCCACCACCACCGCCAGACCCUCCACACCCCCAUUGAACCGCCCCACCAAGGCCUCGCCCACCUCAUCGCAACAGACCCGCGCCUAAAACCCGUCAUCGAAGCACAUCCCUGCCCGCUCUUCUCCCCGACCGGCCUGGCAGAACAAAUAGAUCCCUUCAAUAGUCUUACCAGCAGCAUCAUCGGUCAACAGGUCUCCGGCGCAGCGGCAAAGUCCAUUCGGAAUAAAUUCGUGGCAUUGUUUAACCUGCCAGGAACCGCCGCUGCUGCGAGCGCAGGAGCUGGUGCGGAUGCAGGCGUAGCAGAAGGUGGACUUGCACAUUCGCGAUUUCCGACACCCGAAAUUGUCGCACGGUGUGAUCUCCCCACGUUACGGACAGCGGGGCUUAGUCAACGUAAGGCGGAGUAUAUACAAGGAUUGGCGGAGAAGUUUGCGAGCGGGGAGCUUAGUGCGCGGAUUUUGGCGACGGCGUCGGAUGAGGAGCUUGUUGAGAGGUUGACGGCUGUUCGGGGGUUGGGAGGUGGUCUGUUGAGAUGUUUGCUUGUUUUGCGUUGA